AUGACAUUCCUUUACAAGACACUGAAUAAGAAAAUUGUUGCGGCGAAUUGUGUGUACCAGCGUGUGCCAGAUGUCGAAAUACCGCAUGUGCUGAAUCUCGAGGACGAUUAUUUCGUGGAAAAGUGUUUGGCGGAAGGAUUUUACGCGAAAAUUUAUUUGGCGCGACACAAGGAUACCAAGACGCAAGUGGUGCUCAAGGCGUGUCACAGCGAAGUGGUGAAUUUGAGGGAAUUUGCGCGAGAAUUUCACUAUAGUUAUCAGUUGAGUCAUCAUCCAAACAUUUUGAAUUGCUACAAUGUGGCCUUCCAAACGGACGAUUAUUACAUUUUUGCACAAGAAUAUACGCCAUAUUCGGAUCUGGCGAUUUUUGUGGGACCGUUUGGGUUGCCAGAGUCAUGUUGUAAAAAAAUCGCCGAGCAACUUAGCAAUGCCUUGGCUUUUAUGCACUCCAAGAAAUUGGUUCAUAGGGAUAUCAAAUUAGAGAACGUUCUGGUCUUUGCUCUGGACUUUUCGCGUGUCAAAUUGUGUGAUUUUGGAGCAACAACCCGCGAUGGGCUCCUUGUUCGUAAAACAAACAACACUUGGACGUCUUUUCUAUCGCCCGAAGUUCUGGAAGUCAUCAAGAACGAGCGAUUUCAUUGCCGCACGUCACAAGAUGUCUGGUCCUUUGGCGUCCUAAUCUUUCUCAUUUUGACGGGCACAACGCCAUGGGAACGCGCCGAUUGGGUCCGCGACGCCAAAUAUUGCAACUUUAUGAAGUACCAAAAACGCGAAACGCAAAAAAUCCCAGAAAACUUUCGACGAUUCACACCGCGGAUUUUGCGUGCGUUUCGUCGCAUGUUCGAUCACGAUGAACGUGACAGAGCAAAAGCUUCGGACAUCAUGAAAUACAUGAAGGACAAGUGGCUCGACUCGAAAAGCUCGAAUGCGAAAUUUUCGUUUUCGAGUCAAAUCCCGUCUUCGGACAAGGAUUCGAUUGUGAUGAAUUUGUCGACGACAAAUAAAUUGACGAAGACAGCAACGAUGUUGUCGCAUAAUCCGGAGGAAAGGGUUCAGCGGACGAGACGGAUUAUGAGUUGCGGCGUGUUGCCGUUGCACGAUAUUAGUGAGCCAGUGGUUGAUCCGAAUGUCAGAAUAACGGCAUGGUUGAAGGAAUGUGCGGCAGAUCCGGAUCCGUUGGAGGAACAGGCAGAGCUGGAGAUGCCGUCGAUCAUUGUGACGACAACAGAUGUGCAGAGACCGUUAACGUGGGAGCAGUGGUGCAUCAUGAACAACAUUUCGAUGGAUAACAAAGAUAACAAAUCCAUGACAGGCGUGAAUAUUAGCAGGAAAUCGUCUAUCAAAUAAGUCGUUUUUGCUAUUUUGUAAAUAAUUCUCUAUAUUUAUUAUAUUACGUGAUUUA